AUGACUCCACACAAAGAUGAGGUUAAGACUGAGUCGUUACCACUGGACAUAAUGAAACAAAGAGCUGGACCGCAUUGCAUAAGUACGACUCACAAUAAUUUGCCAGUUAGUCGGGUGACGGUCCAUCCUCUCGUCUUGCUCAGCGUUGUCGAUCAUUUCAAUCGCGUCAGCAAAACACAAAGUGUUAAGCGAGUUGUAGGCGUCCUUUUGGGUUCUAUGAAAAAGGACAGAAGCUUGGAUAUCGGAAACAGUUUUGCAGUACCAUUCGAUGAAGAUGAAAAAGACAAAAGCACGUGGUUCCUCGACAUGGACUACCUUGAGAGUAUGUACAGCAUGUUCCACAAAGUUGCAGCCAAAGAGAAAAUCGUCGGAUGGUAUCAUACUGGACCAAAGUUGCAUAAGAAUGACAUCGCGAUAAAUGAGCAGAUGAAACGUUUUACUCCACAUCCAGUUCUUGUGAUCAUCGAGGCUGAGCCGAAAGAUAUUGGUCUCCCGACAGAGGCUUACAUCGAAGUGCAAGAAGUUCAUGAUGAUGGCACUCCUCCCAUCAAAACCUUCGAACACGUAGCGAGUGAAAUAGGAGCUGAAGAGGCUGAAGAAGUUGGAGUGGAACAUCUGUUGAGAGACAUCAAAGACCAGACCGCCGGUACUUUGUCCCAACGGAUCACAGAUCAGCUGAUGGGACUUCGAGGACUACAUUCGCAGCUGGUUGAUAUUGAAAAGUAUUUACAAGAUGUUGCAGCACAUCGUCUUCCGAUCAAUCACCCAGUCAUUUAUCACAUUCAGGAGGUGUUGAACCUUUUGCCGGAUGUCACUCAUCCUGACUAUGUGACGGCUCAGAACGUGCAGACAAACGAUCAGUUGAUGUGUGUUUAUAUGGGAUCAUUAGUGCGAUCCGUGAUUGCGUUGCAUAACCUGAUUGAUAAUAAGGUUGGUAGUGGUAGUGUGAAG